CAUUUUGUCCCGUCCUCAGCCUGCAACGACCAGCUACGACACCAUGGACAAGAUCCAGGAAAGCUUCACCUUUACUGUCGGAAAGCUCGAUGCUGGCAUGGCUAUCCUCUUAGGCGAACGCGCCCACCUAAUCGAAUUUCCCUCCAUACUAUUGCCUCCAGGAGCCACUGCAGGCUCAAUAGUCAAUAUUGCUGUUCAUCAGAACCAUGCAGAGGAGAAACGAAGAGAUGGGGAGUUUUGGGCAUUGCAGAAGGAGAUUUCGGAUGCAUAUGGUGUAGAAAUCCCUGAGGCUCCAAAACUACAGCUCCGGAAUGUCACUCAAACGUCGGUUACACUCGAAUGGCCUUCAAUAAGCCUAGCAACAGCGAAGUUGCGCUCACUGGACAUAUAUCGUAAUGGCCAAAGGCUCGCAGCAAUCCCUUCCCCGAUGACCAACACGUCAACAAAACUAUCCGGGCUAGAUAUGCAGACGGAAUACUCCUUCCAACUCAUCCUCCGCACCACCUCCGGCACGUUCCCCUCGAACGUUAUUCGAGUCCGCACGCACAGUAUUGAAGACACUUCCGGAAUUUCUGUGUGCUUUGGUAAUUGCCAGGAUGAAGUGUUGCUGGAGAAUGCCAAGAUGGCACUGAGAGAGAUGAACGCAAAGUGGAGCGACAAAAUACAGAUUGAUACUACUCAUUUUGUGUGUACUACUCCAGCCGCCACGCCGAAUGGUGCUCAGGCUAGCGGUAAUUCCACUGGUGCGCCAGGCGUCGAAUAUCAACGCGCGCUGCAGUUGAGCAUACCCGUUGUCACUCCUCACUGGAUCCUCGCAUGUCAUUCAGAAAAAAGGAUGGUCGCUAUCGGCGUAUACUACCUCGGAGCCGAACCAUCUGCCUCCACACACUCCUUCCGCCCACAAUCCAUGUCUCAAGCUUCUCAUUCUACGUCUUCUCUUGCCGCACGCACCAACCGUGCAUCUUUGCCUGCACCGGCGCGUAAAUCGCCUACCUCUCCAAAUAUGCCCGCCACUCCUGAGACCCACUCUGCGUUUGUCAACCAACCAAAUACUCUUGGCUCACCCAUCCCUGAGGAGGACGCCUCUUCGAACGCGGAAUCGACAUCCCCUUCAUCACCUACCAAACGGAAAAGUCGUAGUGGGACAAUGAAUCGUGACUUCCGUUUCCCUCCCUCAAAUGCAACCCCUGAAGCGGCGGAAGUUGUCCCUGCACGAAAGUCCCCCCCUCCGGCGUUGCCUGUCCACCAACAAGGUCUAACAGAUGACGAGGGGGAGAAAACUGCCAAAAUGAUUACGCCCUCGGCAAUCGAGGUGCCCCCUCCUCCACCUGUGGAAAAGGAAAGGUCAACUGGAAGCUUGGGUUCUCACCAAUCGAAUGACGAAGGAGACGACGAAGUCGGAGAUACGGUCGAGGUCGAUUUGAAUUAG